AUGGCCGUCGCGGGGACCACCUCGCCAGUGUUGGCCCUGGCGCUCGUGGCCGUGGCUUUGGCCUUGGCGGGGCUCCGAGCUCAGGGUGCAGCCCUCGAGGAGCCCGGCGAUGACGCGCGGGAGGUCCGGAGAAGCGAGCACCCGGAGCCCGAGCCCUUCUCGCCGUCGUCGCAGCCCGAGGGGCCCGGGGAGCAGGACCCGGAGCCAAGUCCACCCGAGCCCAGGACGCCCCAAAGGACGACCAAGCCCAAGAAGGCUCCCAAGAGAGAGAAGUUAGUGGCACAGACGCCUCCUCCAGGUAAAAAUAGCAAACGGAAAGGCAGAAGAAGCAAGAGCCCUGAGAAGGCUGCCAGUGAUGAUCACAGUGUCCCGGUGGCCCAUGCAGAUGUCAGAGAGAGUUGCCCACCCCUCGGCCUAGAGACCUUAAAAAUCACAGACUUCCAGAUGCACGCCUCCACCACCAAGCGCUACGGCCUGGGUGCGCAUCGGGGGAGACUCAACAUCCAGGCAGGCAUUAAUGAGAACGACUUUUAUGAUGGGGCAUGGUGCGCGGGCAGGAGUGACCUCCAGCAGUGGAUUGAAGUAGAUGCCCGACGCCUGACCAAGUUCACAGGGGUCAUCACUCAAGGAAGGAAUUCACUCUGGCUGAGUGACUGGGUGACAUCUUAUAAAGUCAUGGUGAGCAAUGACAGCCACACAUGGAUCACCGUGAAGAACGGAUCUGGUGACUUGAUCUUUGAAGGAAACAGUGAAAAGGAGAUCCCUGUGCUCAACGAGCUGCCUGUACCCAUGGUGGCCCGCUACAUUCGCAUCAACCCCCGGUCCUGGUUUGAGAAUGGGAGUAUCUGCUUGCGGAUGGAGAUCCUGGGCUGUCCGCUGCCAGAUCCUAAUAACUAUUACCACCGACGCAAUGAGAUGACCACCACUGAUGACCUGGAUUUCAAGCACCACAGCUAUAAGGAGAUGCGCCAGUUGAUGAAGGUUGUGAACGAAAUGUGCCCUAAUAUCACCAGAAUUUACAACAUUGGCAAAAGUCACCAGGGCCUGAAAUUGUAUGCUGUGGAGAUCUCUGACCACCCUGGAGAGCAUGAAGUUGGUGAACCCGAGUUCCACUACAUCGCCGGGGCCCACGGCAACGAGGUGCUGGGCCGCGAGCUUCUGCUGCUGCUGCUGCAGUUCCUGUGCCAGGAGUACCUGGCGCAGAACCCGCGCAUCGUCCACUUGGUGGAGGAGACCCGGAUCCAUGUCCUCCCCUCCCUGAACCCCGACGGCUAUGAGAAGGCCUGGGAAGGGGGCUCAGAGCUGGGAGGCUGGUCCUUGGGACGCUGGACUCAUGAUGGCAUCGACAUCAAUAACAACUUUCCAGAUUUAAACUCGCUGCUCUGGGAGGCAGAGGAUCGGCAAAAUGUCCCAAGGAAAGUUCCUAACCACUACAUUGCCAUCCCUGAGUGGUUCCUGUCUGAAAAUGCCACCGUGGCCCUGGAGACCAGAGCAGUCAUCGCCUGGAUGGAGAAGAUCCCCUUUGUGCUGGGCGGCAACCUCCAAGGCGGGGAGCUGGUGGUGGCGUACCCCUACGACAUGGUGCGGUCCCUGUGGAAGACCCAGGAGCCCACGCCCACGCCCGAUGACCACGUGUUCCGCUGGCUGGCCUACUCCUAUGCCUCCACUCACCGCCUCAUGACAGAUGCCAGAAGGCGAGUGUGCCACGCGGAAGACUUCCAGAAGGAGGAGGGCACCGUCAACGGGGCUUCCUGGCAUACAGUGGCUGGAAGUCUGAAUGACUUCAGCUAUCUGCACACUAACUGCUUCGAGCUAUCCAUCUAUGUGGGCUGUGAUAAAUACCCACACGAGAGCCAGCUGCCCGAGGAGUGGGAGAACAACCGCGAGUCUCUGAUCGUAUUCAUGGAACAGGUCCAUCGUGGUAUCAAAGGCAUGGUGAGGGAUUCGCAUGGUAAAGGAAUCCCCAACGCUGUCAUCUCCGUGGAAGGCAUUAAUCAUGACAUCCGAACAGCCAGCGAUGGGGAUUACUGGCGCCUGCUGAACCCUGGAGAAUACGUGGUCACGGCGAAGGGAGAAGGCUAUACCACCUCCACCAAGAACUGCAUGGUCGGCUAUGCCAUGGGGGCCACGCGAUGCGAUUUCACGCUCAGCAAGACCAACCUGGCGAGGAUCAGAGAGAUCAUGGCGAAGUUCGGGAAGCGGCCUGUCAGCCUGCCUGCCAGGAGGCUGAAGCUGCGGGGACGGAAGAGACGGCAGCGGGGGUGACCCUCUGGGACAUUUGAGAUGUGCCCCUGACCAUUCCAGUGAAACCCAACUCCAAUAGUAGCUCCGUAGCAGACUCGCAUACUGUUUUGUCUGUAAUUCAAGAACCGCCUGGGAUCGUGUGUGCACAGCUUGGUUGGCUCCAAAGGAGAGGACUUGGAGGCUUGAAUUGUCUUUUAUCCAAAUACUUUGGGCAGAGAAGCAGAAAAGAGGCUAGUGGGAGUGAAAGAAUUCAGCAAGUCAACCUGGAGGUCUGAGAAGAGCUAGCCCAUCCAGAGUCCCCAGGCAGCCCGGGAAGGGAAGCCAGGACGUGCCCUGUUUGCGUGACAUUACAAGUUCCUGAAGCGUUUGCAAAUGGCACAGCUGGUGUUGCUGACCCCGCCCCCCCAGGCCCCUGCUGUCCCCAUGUUCCCAUUUGAGAAGCUCUCAGACAUGCUAAGAGGAUCCGUCCUCUCUGGCUCUAGGGGACAAUCUGAGUCACUAAGAAUCAGUCUUGCGCUCUGUGAACAAUGGUGGCAUUACUAAGUGAGCAUUAGGGAGUCCGGGAACCAGCUCACUUUUCCUUUCAAUAAAGAUUACUAUUCCUAAAAGGAGACAGAUGUGGAGAUAAUUCAAGAGUUAUGGCUAGGUGAUAAGUCUCGUGGGAAUUAUUACAUGACUACUGGGGUUCUCUCCCCAACUCCCUGCUGGGCCACUAGUACUGGGGACUCUGCGGGUGGGGAGGGCCAGAGGGACAGGUCUGCCUCAGAGGUCAGAGCAGUCGCCUGGGUCUCCUCCUCCGGCUGGUGAGGAGUUCAGGAGUAUGAAGGAGGCCGACCCGCAGGCCUCUCUUGGCUAACGGAGCCAAGUGUUCCAGCUAGCCUCCACGGGUGGGGGGAGUUAGUGUGGGUGAGUGGAAUGCCAUGUCUUCCAAAUCAGGCUUCAUGUGAUGUAAACGCUUGGGGUUAUCUGGGACCCAGCGGUUUGGGAGGGGGUUAUGGAGUGACUGUAUGAAGAAAUCAUGUGUCUCAUCUUUACUCACCCUGCUGCCUCAUUGACUUGGGGAGAGUGAACAGAAUAAAUAAAUAAAUAAAUAAAGCAAA